GUAGACAAGGGAGACCAAUCUUGGAACACUGUUCAAAGUGUACGUAUUUACGUUAUCAAUAUCAGUCGAAAUUUGGACCGAAGUGACAGAGAUACAACACACUGUGCAAAUAUUCAUAGAUAGGCGGAAAUCCCACGGAAGCUAGCACCUGUUAAAUAUAAUUUCUACGUCUAAAAUGGCUGAAGCACUAAGAUACAAAGACAAGGUAACCAUAGUAACGGGAGGCAGCAAGGGAAUAGGCAAAGGAUGUGUCGAAGUUUUUGUGCAACAUGGUUCAAAGGUGGUGUUCUGUUCAAGAGGAGAAACAGAAGGCCGGGAACUUGAAACAAAAAUGAAUGCUCAGGGACCUGGUUCAGCUUUGUUUGUCAAGUGCGAUAUGACAAAAGAGGAUGAUAUCAAAAAUUUAAUUUCAACUACAGUAGAAAAAUAUGGACAAAUCGACUGUGUUAUAAAUAAUGCUGGGCAACAUCCACCUGUGUUGAAAAUUGAUGAAAUAUCCGGUGAUGAUUUCCGUAAACUUCUAGAUGUGAAUCUAGUCAGUUACUUUCUUGUCGCCAAGUAUGCUUUACCUCACCUUCGGAAGACGAAAGGAUGUUUGAUUCAGGAUUCCAGUCUUGUAGCUGAGAUUGGUCAGCCGGGAGCAUGUACUUAUGUGGCAACUAAGGGUGGAGUGACGUCAUUAACAAAGGCUUUGGCAAUUGAUGAAGCUGAGCAUGGUGUCAGGGUCAACACAUUUGCGCCUGGUAAUGUUUGGACACCAAUGUGGGAGGAAGGUGCCAAACUCACCCCAGACUACAAUCAGUGUGUAAAAGCUGGUGAAGAUUCGCAGUUGCUCGGACGUAUGGGAACCAUAGAGGAGUGUGGGAAGGCGUGUCUAUUUUUAGCAGCGGAUGCCACGUUCUGCACGGGAAUUAAUAUACUUAUGUCUGGUGGUGCCGAACUGUGCUAUGGAAUUAAAAAUCCCAAGGCAAAGGCCAGCGGAAGUUUUCUUUAGAUAUUAUAAUGUAUAUAAAAUAGAUUUAAGUUACGUAUGAACGAUUUUCAUGUAUAUUAUGUAAAUAUCAAUUUCAUCAUGGGAGAGUUGUCACGUUAAAAGAUAACUUUAGUAGAUUUUUAUAUAGAAAAAAAAACAACACAAACUUUAUAUACUACUUGGAACAUUUUUAGUUAAAUGGGAGCCAAGAAAACAAAUACCCAAGAAAUCGAGAAUCAUGGUGAACUUCGAACAAAUGCGCACAAAAACGAACUCCAAAAGUAGUUAAACGUAUGUUAGCCUACAAGGUGGAAAAGUGCAUUUUGAUAAGUGUUUCGCAAAACAUUGUCUUUUUCUCGGGUCGAGUUUCUCAACAAAUGUCUUUUAAAGGUAUUUUUCAACGUCAUAGUGAGUCGCAUAUUUUAGCUGUUCGGAGAGAAAAGUGCAAUUAUUCUUUACGAUGAAAAAAAUACCCAGGGAUAAUUUUUAUAAAUAUAUGUUUUACAAUACUUGUGUCGAAUAUUGUUGUAAAUAAUACAAAUAUAAACAGAGGGAAUGUGA